AUGAGUACCUCUUAUAAAGAUUACAAGUUUGUCGACGUAUUCACUCGACUUAAUAAUUUUUCAAAAGAGAGUAAUGUGUCCGUCACGACUCAUCCUCAGCAUGAGGAGACUGAGGAACAAGGCGCCAGUAUGCUGGGGUACAUUGGUGAGACGUCAGCAGUGUGUCCCAAGGAGUCUGGGCAAGAAUUUACACUACUGAAGCCUGUGAAAGAUACUGGUGAGAAGUCAGAAGAGUGUCCCAAGUAUGGGGAAGGAUCCACACUACUGAGGAAACGGAGGGCGGUACAUAGUGUUGAGACGUCAGAAGAGAGUCCCAAGUAUGGGGAAGGAUCCACACUACGAAGGGCGGUACGUAGUGGUGUGAAGCCUACGUUAUGUGAUCGGUAUCAUGGUGAGAAGUCAGAAGUAUUUCCCAAGUCUGGCCAAGAAUUUAUACUACUUAAGACUGUGGAACAAGGCAGGCUGGGGCAUACUGGUGAGAAGUUAGAAGCAUGUCCAGAGUCUGGGGAAAGAUCUACACUACUGAAGAAGCAAAUGGUGGUAGAUAGGCCGUCAUGUGACCGGUGUGGAAAAACAUUCAGCGACCGCAGUGGGUUAAACAAGCACAUGCUCGUCCAUAUUGGCGAUAAACUUUAUGUGUGUCCACAGUGUGGGAAAAGGUUCAUUCGAAAUGAUAUUUUGCAGCAGCACCUGAUGGCCCACACUGGUGCUAAAAACUACCUGUGCCAUCACUGUGGGAAAAGAUUCAGCCGACUUGGCAACUUGAAGGAACACAUGAUGGGACAUAAUGGUACGAGACCUUACCCGUGUUCUGUGUGUGGCAAACUAUUCAGCAGACUGGACUAUCUGAAGAACCACAUGGUGGUUCAUGGUGACAAACCUUACAUGUGCCCACACUGUGGGAAUAGAUACACUCAGCUUGGAAAUAUGAACAAACACAUUCAGCUGCAUACAACUGUGCUCGGUGUGUGA